GGGGCGGUGCCCGGGCGGCAGCGCGGGACCUUCGCUUUGGCCCGGCCCGGCCAUGGAGCGCUACCUGCUGCUGCUGAGCUGGGCCGAGCGCCGCGCCGAGGGCGGGCCCGCGGCAGCSACCGCCGCAGCUGGGACUGCUGCAAACAUGUAUCAGUUCCUGAAAGAAAGCUGUAGUGGAUCUAUAAAUGCAGAUGUGAGCACAUUCCCAGCAUGCUCAGUGGCUGGUAUUCCAGGUGCCAGGAAAUGGUAUUUUGCAAGUCAUGUCAUUUGUGGUUAUUAUCAGUUCUGCAGUUCUGACUGGGAGGAAAUAAAUGGUGACACACAGAAAAAUGAAGACUCUCAYGAAACAAGCAUUGAUGAGAACCUGGGAACAAUACAAAAUUUUGAGGAAGAUGACAAUAACAGUCGGGAGUCACUGUCUCUGGCUGAUAUGUAUGAUGAAGCUGCUGAAAGUCUACAUCAAUUAGCUGAUAAACUACCUGCCCCAGGCAGAGCAAUGGUUGAUGUAAUCCUGCAUGCUGUUGAACAAGAUGGACCCAAAUUGAAAGACUGCUUACCUGCUAUUGGUGCCCUGAAACACCUGAGAGAGUGGCACUCUGCACAGAUCACUAUUGCAGCAAGUGAUGCUAAAGGUGGCUGGCAAAAGAUUGCAGAAUAUCUAUCAGCAGACUUCGUGUCUUCAGAUGAUAUCAUGAGUAUUAUUGAUUUUAAAGAACUCUGGAGAGGAAAGAUUCAGAUAUGGGAAAGAAAGUUUGGAUCGGGAGUAGACUUUCCAGAAUUUUGUAUAAAGAGCACUUCAGCCAAGACRUUCAGCACUGUAAAUUUAAGUUCUUGCUUUGCUGUUAAAAAAGAGUGGCAAUCGAGGAAUACUGAUGCAUUGCCAGAAGUUUUUCAUUACUAUGGUCCUGCACUGGAAUUUUUGCAGAUGGUGGUGCUCUCUGAUCUACCUUCCAUUUUUAUAUCAGAUCUGGAAUUUGAGCUGAGCCUGUCAAGAAAGCAUACCAAGGAGGCAUCUGCACUACUUUUGGACCAAAUUUCUUCUCUCUCUGGGAAGGUGGGAGCUUUAUUUACAUUGCCAUGUAAUGUAAGCAGUGUAGUGAUCCCAUCUCCUGCCCAACUGAGCACCAAGAAGUGGAAGGAGUAUGUGGCUAAGAAACCCAAGGUCAUUACUGUUCCAGAAAUUGAACUGAAAGGAGAAUCUUGCCGAUACUACUUCUUGCUACAAAGCAAUGGCUCUGGAGGAUGUAAAGCAACCUUGAUUCAUUCAGCUGGCCAGGUCAAUGGGAUGGCUGCUCUUGCUGCAGUAAAUGGAAGGCUAAAGGCGAAAGCAGAAGAAACAGAGUCAAACUCUCAUAUUUGUGACUUUAUCAAGUCUCUGCCCCGCUAUUGUGGAGAGGAGAUUGUACAGAGAGAAACGACACUGUCUCGUCUCCAAGUGUUUGCCUUGAAGGAGUAUCUCAAGAGWAAGACAUUGACCAAGCAGUCUGCAGUUAUUUCUACCAAUGAGUUUAAAAGCUUGUUAAAUCUUACCAGAGAAUGUUUUUUGGACCUGUACAGCACUAGUCUUCCUAAACCUGUUCUACAGAAGGUCUCCAGUAAAACCAGGUCAUGCCCUGUGACUUGUGAACCUGAUUUAAUAGAGCCAAAUCCAUUGGAGUGGCCAGAAAGACAUGUUCUUCAGAAUCUGGAAAACUUUGAAAAAAACAAACAAAAAAUGAGAGUUUCUCUGUUUGCACAUUCCUCUGAGCAAUUGCUGGGACAUAAAGACAGCCAGCGGGAGUCACUGACAUUGCUGGAUGCUAAAGAGYUGCUGAAAUAUUUCACACCAGAAGGGCUGCCCGUGGGGGAGCUCCAGCCACUCCAAGUUCCCAAGCGUGAAAAUGCAUUUCUUUUGACACCAGAGCUUACUCCUCGAAAACUCAGAGGUUUGCCUUUUGAAAAAGCAGCUGGAUGCCAUUAUCAUGGACUUGAAUACUGUCUAGAUAACAGAAGAGCCUUAGAGAGAGAUUUGGGAUAUGCUGAACUUCAAACUCGUCUUAUUCGCUAUGAGACUCAGACUACUUGCACCAAAGAAUGCUGCCCUGUGCCACUUGUCUUGAGUCCUCUCCCAUCUCCUGCAGUCUUGUCAGAGCCUGGAAGUGUCCCUGAUGGAGAGUCUUUACAAAGUGAAUUCAAGACAGAGACAUCAAGGCUAAAACGCAGAUCAAAAGACCUGGAUUGYUUUUAUCCUAAGAAAAGGCUAACCAAAUCUGAAAGUACAGACUCCCUCCUGUCUCAGGCCAGUGGAAGCAGCAGGAGUCACUGUGCAGUUGCUGUCACMAGGAAACGCUCGGAAAGAUCAGUUUCUGUGGCUGCAGUGCCAUCAAAACAGCCUGGCCAAGCCCCCAGAGCAGCCACCAAGGCUGGCUCAGCUGCAGAGCCCGAGACCUCAAAGCCAGAGAAGGAAUCGAGAUCCCAGAAACAYACGAGGAUGCUGAAGGAGGUGGUUGCUAAGACUCUUCAAAAACAUGGAAUUGCAGAGGAUCACAAGUGCUUCGCAUCAUGCAGCCAACGUCUAUUUGAGAUAUCAAAGUUCUACUUAAAGGAUCUUAAAACUUCUAGAGGCCUUCUUGAUGAAAUGAAGAAAACAGCAAAUGGCAAUGUUAAGCAGGUGAUUGAAUGGGUUUUGGAGAAGACUGGCAAGUAGAGGCCCUGUGUGGAUGCAAUUCACACUGCCCAGGAACUGAGGAGACAGAGCACUUCAAACUAGAGGAGAAGCAUUAUACUGCCUGGUGCACACAGACAUCUGCACCCUGGCAGGGCUUUGGUCAGUGUAAUUAUAURGACUCAUUCUUCAAGCACAGUUGCAAGGUUUGGAACUUUUUGUACUGAAAGUUUUAAUUUUUUUUUUACAUUCAAAUGAAAAGAGGUUGUAUUUUAUAUGCGUAUUUAUUGUUUGUUAAAAGGAAUGUAGCAUGACUUGCUUUGAUAAAGCUUUGUAUAUUUUUAAACAGUAUAUUUGGUUUAUAUGUGAAUAAAAAACCCAACAUAUUUAAUUUUGAUAACUGCUACUUUGUUUUACCUUUUUAUGUGAAGACCUUUAUUCUACUUUUUACAGCUUGCUUUUGUAUAAAUAGAUGUUUACAGCAUCAAAUUUUAUACACUAAUUAAGAACAGUUCCUAUUCUGAAAGCAAACAUAAUUAGAAUUUGAGUCAUGAUUAUCUCUGUCUUGUAGUAUCAGGGAAAAAACAUGGCUUGAAACUUGAUACAAAGUCCCAUUAAAGAAAGUUUCAUUGUUUUACAAGCUGAUUUUYUGGUAUAAUUUCCUGUGUGCUCUUUGUAACACUCCUUAGGAAAAAAAUCUAAGGAGAGGUUUGAGAUUUCUUUUCCUGGAGGAGGAAAAAAUCAAAGCAAUAGUGGAAAUGAUGAUGGUGAGAGCUGGGAAAGAGCUGCAUGUUAUGCUGAAAUCUAAGGGAAAAAAGUUUCUACCUGUGUUGCAAAGAGAGUAAAAUACUAAAUUUGGCCUCAAUUUGCCUAAGUCUUAGGCAUGUACCUGGCUUGUACUAAUGUAAUUAUUCAAGUUGGUGUUUUGUUGAGAUGAGGAGUUCCUACUAAAACAAAUAACACUUCACAGCUUUUAGUGUAAGGAUUUUCUAUUCAUCAUGUAAACUAACAUGAUGAGAACUGAYAGAGACUCAGGUCUAUUGUUUGUUAUACUCUCCUGGUAAGAAAAUGGGUUAAGCAAUACAAAUAUAAAGGACAUGUAAUGUUGCGAAACAUAAUGUUGGAGGUUAAACUUAACACUGUGAGAUCCGUUGUUUCUCUAAAGAGCCUUCCUGAUUUUGUGACAUUAUUCUUUGCUUAAUUUCAUUUCAUAUAAAGCUAAGUCCUGAGGAGGUUUUUCAUGUGUAACAGGAUCGUGAGAUUAACUGCUCUGUGCCUUUGUUCCCAAGUUUACUGUUGUCCUGAACUCUACCAGAGCUUUUCUAGGUGGGUGUGUGCUUGGUUUAACUGCACCCUGGGCUGCAGUAGGAGAUCUGUGCAGUUGCUCUGCUGUGACAGUGAGCUCCUGUGAGUGCUGUGUGCUUCUAAGCCCAGGACAAACAUAACUACUUAUAAGAUGGAUUACAUUUGUCUGCAGAAUGCCACACAUCUGCAGCAUUCCAGUUCUACUGGUUUGGUGAAACAGAAAUGCAAUGAAGAGAGAUACUUAAAUAAUUAUUUAAUAAGUGCAUUCACAAAAUUGCUCCAAUGUAAUGAUUACUGUGUAUGGCUCAUAUUUCUUUGCAUUAAAGACAGAAAACAUGAAAGUAAUCAAGACAUUAACCUUUCUUAACAUCUAGUGAAUCAAGAAAACCUCUACUUCCAAAUAACAAAGCUGUAAGCUGUAGCCUUAUCUCUUCAGCCUGACAUGCUGAUACUUUUGUUUGAAUACUAAAGCAAGCCACUACUUACUUAAUUUCYACUUAAUUUUGUG